AUGUUUAUUAAAGCCGAUAUUUAUAAAAAAGCCGAUGCGGUUAGAAGAAGUCCACAAAAAGAAGUACGAAAGAGAUUGCAAAUCCUGGCAAGAAAAAAGUUAAAGUGUGAAUUGUCUAUCGUUCAACGACGUCGAUCGAUAAUGCCUUACGGAAUGAGAAAAUACCGCAAAAGUUGUUUGAAGAGGUCCCCUCCGAUGCUGACCAUUUACGAAGAGACAGCAUUCGACAAAGAACCUGACGACGAAGAGGAUGAUCUGUGCAGGCGUAUGGCUUGUCUUUGUAGGGGUGGUAGCUAUGAGAUGAUGUAA